UCCUCCUAGGCACCUGAUCCCAUCUCUGGUGUGUCCAUGGGUCCGUGUUUGCCCAACUAUCUAUUUUGUAUUGCUCAUAGGAGUUAUGAGAUUGAUCACUGUUGGUUAUCUUCACCUUUCAUUUAGAAUAUUCAUACAUGUACAUUCACGUAUGCAAUCUGCAUGCGGCAACAAACAUGUUCCCAUUUAAUUAAGUACAGAAUGUACUUCAGGGUUUUAAGGAAGCAAAUGAAAACCAAUAACACGACAAAUCAAAAUCCUGGUUCAGUUGUGGAAUAGACACAAAAUGGUUGAUGCUAUUUUUGUUAUUAUGGUAUUCCAUGUUCUCAUUUCCGAAGUAAUACUAACCGAAAACCCCAGGAACGGAACUUGUGGCACGUCAGAAGACAGAUUCAAAUGCUGCACGGAUUAUAAAAGAAAUGGCAGUAGAUGUGUUCCAUGUAUAGGAUCAUUCGGACCUGGGUGCACUAAAAUAUGUCCUCCUGGGUACUAUGGAUUUGGGUGUAAGACGAAAUGUGAAUGCGAGCAGUGUGACAAACUAAAUGGAUCGUGCGUAGCCAAUAAUACUACACAAAUGCAGUCUAACGGCAAGGGGUCAUCGGGAAGCUGGUUGCCGGUAAUAUUUGGUGUGGUGAUAAGCACUGGAUCGAUGGCUGGUGUGUUGGCUAUAUUAUAUAAUAUACGAAGAAGGUCAGAUGUACGAUUCACAAUGGAACCACAAACAAUUGAAGACGUCAACGAAGAUGAAUUGCCCUAUGAUGUCGUCCGAGAAUCACGAAUGAUAAUGGACGAAAUCGUCGGCCUGCCUAGAAGUUCCAACGACACAUCAAGCGAGGCGUCUGAUAUUUACAGCCGUUGUACAAAAGCAAAUGUUGUUCUGUAUAAAACCCCAUAACUAUUACCCGUAAAUGAGAUAAAAAGUGAUGCUCAAGUUAAAAACAUUUUUGUUACAAUAAAAUUUUAUAGGGCGACUUUGGUUCGUACCCGUGUUAAUAUUAAAUUUUCAAGAGUUAAAACUUUAUCCAUUUGGUUUCAACUCGGGUAGCCCGAGUUCGUACUCUGGUACGAACCGAGCCCAUGGUGUUUACACGAAAUAAGUAUGUUUUUAUUUAUACUAUAUAUAUAUAUAUAUAUAUAUAUAU